AAAGAGAUGAGAGGAAGGCAGAGACGGCUGAGUGAUUGCGAGCGGAGAACACUGUGGGUUUGGGAAGAGUGAAGUUUUCGAGGAACAGGUGGAGCACUGGCAUCGGCAACUUUUACACUUAAACACAUAAACUCCAAAAGUGCCCAGACGCUCGAAUGCAUUUAUCACUGGAUACCAUGAGCAUGGUGGACGACAGCUGCCUCUCACCCAGCAACUUCCAUGAGAUGGGAAAAGGUGGGGGCAUCACUGCAGGGGGCCGCGUCCACAGCAUUGAUGUCAUUCUAGGUUUCAGCAAAGACCAGGACCCCCUGCUCAGCCCUGCCGGGGCCCCGCGGCCCCACAAAGUGGACAUAGAAGGCCUGGCAGAGCCUGGGAAGCAGCAAGAGCCCCAAUCACACCCGACCUACAGCGGGCACCUUUCCUCGUUGAGAAAUGGGGCCGCGGAGCAGCAGCAGCAGCAGUAUCAUGACACCAGCUUAUUCACAAACAAGUGUGACGAGGAGCUGAGUGAACUGAGGAAGAGCGUAGAGAGUGAUGAAGGCAAGUCACCAGAGUCGUGCAAAGACGAUCAGCCCAAGAAAAAGCACAGACGCAACCGCACCACCUUCACUACCUACCAGCUGCACGAGCUGGAGCGUGCCUUUGAGAAGUCCCACUACCCGGACGUGUACAGCCGUGAGGAGCUCGCUAUGAAGGUCAACCUUCCAGAAGUCCGAGUUCAGGUCUGGUUUCAAAACCGAAGAGCUAAAUGGCGUCGGCAGGAAAAAAUGGAUGCCAGCAACAUGAAGCUCCACGACUCGCCCAUGCUCUCCUUCAACCGCUCGGCACCCGUUCACUCCAGCAUGGGCCCGAUGACCAACCCCCUCCCCCUGGACCCCUGGCUGUCCUCCCCCCUGUCCAGCGCCACACCCGUCCACAGCAUCCCGGGCUUCAUGGGUCCGUCUCAAGGCCUUCAACCGAGCUACCCCAGCCACAGCUUCCUCAACUCCAGCCCUCAUCCUCCUCACCCUCAUUCUCACCCUCACUCUCAUCCUCACCCAUCUAUGGGUCAGGGGAUGCAGAGUAUGGCUCCUCCGCCCUACCAGUGUCCUGCACCAUACCCUGACAAGUACCCACUUGAGGACGUGGACCAGCGCAGCUCCAGUAUUGCUGCUCUCAGAAUGAAAGCAAAGGAACACAUCCAGUCUAUGGACAAGACCUGGCAACCCAUGUGACGAA